AUGCCAGAUAUUAAAGGUGUAAGGAAAUCCGUAAUAAGACCUGGCAAUGGUAUUCCAUUGGAGUUAUUCACCGGUAGUAAGGUGACUUUCCAUUUUAAGACAAUCACCUUAGAUGAAAGCAGAACUGUUAUCGAUGAUAGUCGACAGAUGGGAGAACCAUUUGAAUUGUUGUACGGCCGGCAAUUUAAAUUGGAUAUAUGGGAACAAGUGAUUCCAGAAAUGACUGUUAAUGAACUGUCAUCAUUUGCUUGCGAUAAAGAGCUGGUACUCAGCUAUCCUCUUGUAUCAAAAAGUAUACGAGAUCACAUAAAGAAAAAGAAGGAUCCAGGAGCUGAAAUAGUUGAUGGUAGCAGAUGUUGCGCUUCUUCCUCCGGCUACGGAUAUGCAGAUCUAGAUAAAUUAUCCACAGAUAGACUUGGUUUAGUGUUCGAAAUUGAAUUGCUUAAGGUAGAAAAGCAUGGAGAAUACAAAAGCGAAGUCUGGCAAAUGACUCCUGAGGAGAAAUUAGCUGCGUUGCCUGGUUACAAGCUUGAAGGCAACAAGUAUUAUCAAGAAAGAAAAUAUUCUAAAGCGGCAGAUAAAUACGCUGUUGCUUUAGGUUGCAUAGAACAACUAUUAUUGAAAGAGAAACCUGGUGAACCUGAGUUCAAAGCAUUAGAAUUAAAAAAAUUGCCGUUCCUUUUGAAUUACUCUCAAUGUAAAUUGUGCUUGGGUGAAUAUUAUGAAGCAGCCGAGCAUUUAUCGACGGUGAUGGAGAUUGAUCCCAAUAAUGUUAAGGCAUAUUACAGACGAGGCAAGGCUAAUAGAAAGCUAUGGAAGAUGGAAGAAUCUCGAAGCGAUUUCAGUAAAGCAACCGAAUUAGAUCCAACUCUACAAGGAGCUGUAAAUAAAGAAUUACAACUAAUAGAUGAAAUACAAAAAGACCACUAUCAAGAGAUGAAAGCAAAGUAUCAAGGAAAAGGUAUGUUUGCUUAA